GAUUUGUACCUGCAAAGUUUUCAGACUUUGAUGCAUGAAAUGAAAUGAAAGCCUAACAGUUAAGUUCCAUGUUUUUCGGAACUGGUUUCUUAAUUUGGAAAUUAGGACCACUUAAAGUAGAUAGACUUUUACUUUUUCAAGGUAAAAGGUGAUCGUCAUGGUAGGGCAGCCCCUUGAUCUUCCAUUGGAAGUUGAGGGUUUAUGUAUCCAACCAGAGGAGGGUGCCCAUAUCACACUAAGGCUCUACUUUUAAGGGCUGUUUUUAGCCUCUGUGUUGCUGAAUUUUUAGGAAAAACAUGCUUCAAUUGUUUCUUUUCAUUGGCUCAACCAAGAAAAUAAUACCAUAAUUAGAACAAAUGCUCAUGAACCAGAGUUUGCUUGUUCUGAGCACACUUGAGGUCUGCCUUGUCCAGAAAAACUUGUGUGAAACUGCUAUCUCCGGUCAACAACGGUGUGCCACAGGUGAUAAUUUUUUCACUUGGCAUACUGUGAUUGGACAUAUAUAGCAAAGCAGUGUUAUCUUCGUUCCACACAAGCGUUUCUCCUGCCUCGUCCCACAUGCACCAUACUUCAAAAUAUUUCUUCACUUAGGACCGACUCCUUGGAAAUUUUGAAACUUCCUCAGUUCUGAUUUGUUUUUUUUUUUUUUUUUUUCACACAAAUGAUAUGAAUUCCAGUUUCUGGACCAAAAAAAUAUGUGGCGUUUGUUUCUCUGUCUGUGUUUUUUCUCUUGUUCAAUUAAAGCCAUUCAUGGAGUAUGCUUGCAACUUGCAAGUUAGCCCCAUAUGGCAGGCCCUUGAUGUUCCCCUAUCUGUCUUCAUUCAUUCAAAUCCCAUAAAACCUACCAUUUAAUUUCUGUAAAUAAAAAAUACUUUGUCGAUUCUUCCUCCCUUUUUUUAAAUAUAUUUAUUUUGUCUUGAUAUGAAAAAGUCUACGUACAUUAUGGAAUGAGAAAUUUUUAUCUUUAGUACAAUAAUUGAGAAGUUAGAAUAUGUCACUUCUGGAUGACGUUUUGAAUCGAAUUUGAAAAACAAAAAUAUAUCUGUUUAAAAUUAAAAAAAAAUUACUCCUCCUUUGAAGUCAAUAGUCAACCACAGUCAAUUUGCCAAAACGCUAUAAACAAAACCAGCGGUGCAAGUACUACAAUACAAAGUUACAAACGAAAAAUGGCCUGCGUGAGCUGAGCCAAGUAGUUGGUCCAUCAAUUCCAUCGAUGCAGACCUGCAGACUGCAAUGAAUAAAAACAAGCAUUUCCUUUGAAAAUUCAACAUCCUGCUCCUCCUUAUGUCAAAGUGAUUACAAGCUAGAAGAAAACUUGAACAAUUUAAUUUUCAGCGGGCAAUUACUAGCAAGCGAUGGCUAAAGAGCAAUUGGGAGUGCUUAAUGCACUCGAUGUGGCCAAGACUCAGUUGUACCAUUUCACUGCAAUUGUGAUUGCAGGAAUGGGGUUUUUUACUGAUGCUUAUGAUCUGUUCUGCAUUUCCUUGGUCACCAAGUUACUCGGCCGCAUAUACUACACGGACCUAAACCAGCCAAAGCCGGGCACAUUGCCUCCCAAUGUGGCUGCUGCUGUUAAUGGUGUGGCUCUAUGUGGCACCUUAGCAGGCCAGCUCUUUUUUGGUUGGCUUGGUGACAAAUUGGGUCGUAAAAAGGUCUAUGGGAUCACCCUUGUUCUCAUGGUCCUAUGCUCCGUUGCAUCAGGACUUUCAUUUUCUGAUCACCCAAAGGGUGUGAUCACCACUCUUUGCUUCUUCCGGUUCUGGCUUGGAUUUGGCAUUGGUGGUGAUUAUCCGCUUUCAGCUACAAUCAUGUCUGAGUAUGCCAACAAAAAGACUCGCGGGGCGUUUAUAGCCGCGGUGUUUGCAAUGCAAGGAUUCGGUAUUUUGGGUGGUGGGAUUGUGGCUUUGAUUGUGUCAACCGCGUUCGAUCACAGUUUCAAGGCUCCUGCAUACUCUGUGGACAGAGCUGGUUCUCUUGCGCCUCAAGCUGACUUUGUUUGGCGUAUCAUUUUGAUGGUUGGAGCUCUCCCUGCUGCUCUAACUUACUACUGGCGUAUGAAAAUGCCCGAGACAGCUCGGUACACAGCCCUUGUGGCCAAAAACGCCAAGCAAGCUGCAUCAGACAUGUCUAAGGUGUUGCAAGUUGACCUUGAAGCUGAAGAGGAAAAACUAGAGAAAAUUACUCGAGAGAAAUCCAAUACCUUUGGUUUGUUCACCAAGCAAUUUGCUCGUCGCCAUGGUCUUCACUUGCUUGGCACCACUUCCACUUGGUUCUUGCUAGACAUUGCCUUCUACAGCCAAAACCUUUUCCAAAAGGACAUCUUCAGCGCCAUUGGGUGGAUCCCGAAAGCAGAGAGCAUGAAUGCAAUUCAUGAGGUUUAUAGAAUUGCAAGAGCACAAACACUCAUAGCAAUGUGCAGCACUGUCCCUGGAUACUGGUUCACUGUCUUCUUCAUUGAUUACUUGGGCAGGUUUACAAUCCAGUUGAUGGGUUUCUUCUUCAUGACAGUGUUCAUGUUUGCAUUAGCAAUUCCUUACCACCACUGGACCUUGAGGCCCAACAGAAUUGCAUUUGUUGUCAUCUACUCAUUCACCUUCUUCUUCGCCAAUUUUGGACCCAAUGCCACCACAUUUGUUGUGCCAGCUGAGAUUUUCCCAGCAAGGUUGCGGUCUACGUGUCACGGUAUAUCAGCUGCAGCUGGGAAGGCUGGGGCUAUUGUUGGAGCAUUUGGGUUUUUGUAUGCAGCACAGAGCAAGGACCCUACAAAGACUGAUGCAGGGUACCCACCUGGUAUUGGUGUGAAGAAUUCUCUAAUUAUGCUUGGUGUGAUCAACUUUUUCGGCAUGGUGUUUACUCUGUUGGUGCCAGAAUCCAAGGGAAAAUCACUUGAAGAGCUGACUGGUGAGAAUGAAGAAGAAGAGGGGGCAGAGCAGCAGGCCAAUUCUACUAGAACUGUUCCAGUUUGAUGGGGUCGUUUAAUCAAAGCUUUGUGAAUUUACAAUGGUUUUUAUUUACUUUAUUUGUGAUGCAAUAAAAAUAAUUUUUAGAUAUAUAUAUAUAUAUAUAUAUAUAUAUGCUUGUGGAAGCCUAAUUGCAGAAGCUAUUGUAUCGUGUUUUCGAUUUGUUUCGAUUGUGUAUGUUGUUUAUUUGUACGAUUUUUAUUUUGUUCUGUUUUGAAAUAUAUUUCCACCUCUUUUUGCUUGCAA